UUGGUUUCCCGGGUGAUUGUAGGAGCUGGCCGGCAGUGGCCUGCCCGGAGAGGACCGAGAUGCUGGCCUGCCUGAUGAGCAGGCCCGUGCCGCCCGGUCUCACGCGACUCCUGGGGGCCACAACGAGGCGCCCGUUCGCGGUACGCGGGGCCUCGGCGCGGGAGUUGGGCCGCCGAGAAGACGCGGCCCGCUCGGUCGAGCGCGAGGAGCUGCACUUCCCCGCAGACGCCGCUAGAGGUCGCCCGGUGCCCGCCUUGCCAUCCCAGGCCGCGGAGGAGAGAGGGGCCAAGCUGCAGCGGCGGCCCGUGGCCCCCAGGGGGCGCGCGCUGGCCGGCGGCGAGCUGGACUGGCAGGGGCGCAGGGGGGGCCCGGAGCCCUGUGCGGCCUCGGGGGGGCCCGGCCUGGCCCCCGAAGGCUGCUGGCUGCCCAGGCUCCGUCCCCCGGAAGAGGAGCCCCCCGCGGACCGCCAGCAGGCGCCCCCGCUGGCCAAAGCGUCCAGCAGGCUGCGCCUGUGGCCCAACCCGGAGCACGCGGGCCGCCACCGGCGCAGGGAGAGCCACGGCCGCCGGUUCAGGAUGCCCGCCUUCUCCGCCACCGCCGUCGCGGCUGCCGGGCUGGCCCUGUGCUACAGCAGGGGCCACAUGUCGAAAGAAGAGUCCCUGCUGGAAGCUGUGCGACUCAACAGUAUUCCUGAAGUGGAAAGGUUGUUGCAAGAAGGAGUUAGUGUGAAUACCCAACAUAAACUUGGCUGGACUGCUCUGAUGGUAGCAGCGAUAAACAGAAAUUCAAGCGUGGUGAAGCUUCUGCUUGCAGGUGGAGCCGAUCCAAACUUGGGAGAUGAGUUCAGCAGCGUCUAUCAAACUGCCAAAGAGAAGGGGAUCCAUUCUUUGGAAGUGCUGGUCACCCGGGAAGACGACUUCAACAACCGCCUGAACAACCGGGCCAGCUUCAAGGGCUGCACGGCACUGCAUUACGGGGUGUUGGCUGAUGACUACACCACAGUCAAGUUGCUCCUCGAAGGAGGUGCCAACCCCCUGCAGAGAAAUGAAAUGGGGCACACGCCCUUGGAUUAUGCCCGCGAGGGAGAAGUCAUGAAACUCUUGAAAGCUUCAGCAACCAAGUUCCAGGAGGAGAAGCGCAGGAGAGAAAUAGAGGAGCGUCGGCGGUUCCCCCUCGAGCAGCGGCUCCGAGAACACAUCAUUGGCCAGGAGAGCGCCAUCGCGACCGUCGGAGCCGCCAUCCGGAGAAAGGAAAAUGGAUGGUAUGAUGAGGAACAUCCACUGGUCUUCCUGUUCCUGGGAUCAUCAGGAAUCGGCAAAACUGAGCUGGCCAAGCAGACUGCCAAGUACCUGCACAAAGAUGUCAAAAAGGGUUUCAUCCGCUUGGACAUGUCAGAGUUUCAGGAACGACACGAGGUGGCCAAGUUUAUUGGCUCUCCCCCGGGCUACAUUGGCCAUGACGAAGGGGGGCAGCUCACAAAGAAGCUGAAGCAGUGCCCGAAUGCCGUGGUCCUCUUUGAUGAAGUGGACAAGGCCCACCCAGAUGUCCUGACCAUCAUGCUGCAGCUGUUUGAUGAAGGCAGGCUGACCGACGGGAAGGGAAAGACCAUUGACUGCAAGGAUGCCAUCUUCAUCAUGACAUCCAAUGUGGCCAGUGACGAGAUUGCCCAGCACGCUUUGCAGCUGAGGGAAGAGACGGCAGAGCUGAGUCGGAAGAGGAUUGCCGAAAAGCUGGAUGAUGUCCAGGCGACAGACAAGAUAACCAUCUCCAAGCAGUUCAAGGAGAACGUGAUUCGCCCCAUCCUGAAGGCUCACUUUCGAAGAGACGAGUUCCUUGGGAGGAUCAACGAAAUUGUCUACUUCCUUCCCUUUUGUCAGUCGGAGCUGAUCCAGCUCGUCAACAAGGAGCUGAGUUUCUGGGCCAAGCGGGCCAAGGCGAGGCACAACAUCACGCUGGUGUGGGACAGGGAGGUCAUGGACGUUCUGGCGGACGGCUACAACCUGCACUACGGGGCCCGCUCCAUCAAGCACGAGGUUGAGCGUCGGGUGGUGAACCAGCUUGCUGCGGCCUACGAGCAGGACCUUCUCCCCCACGGGUGCACCUUGAGGAUCACGGUGGACGACUCGGACAAGCAGCUCCUGAAGGCCAAGGACAACCCCCUGUCCAAGGAGGGCCUACGGAAGGGGCCGACGCUGCGGCUGGAGAUACUGGAGGACAGCAAAAGCCGGAAACUGGACAUCCAGGCCCCCCUGAUGCCCGACGGAGCCUCCUACCCCUCAUAGGCCCGGGGGCGGCCCCGAGCCGUCCUCUAGCUGAGCCCCUGGUGCCCGGGGGCAGUACCAGAACAAACAGUUGGUAAUAAAGCAAUCAUGAGAGAGGGAA